AUGAGGAAGGUGGUGUUAGGAACGGCGGUGGCGUUUGUGGCGGCGGGUUGCGCGGUCGCAGCGCUGAUCGUGAGACAUCGGAUGAGGAAAUCGGGGCGGUUGGCGAGGGCGAGGGCGAUCGUGAAGGAGAUCGAGGAGAAAUGCGAGACGCCGAUCGCGAAACUGCAACUGGUUGCGGACGACAUGAUGGCGGAGAUGCACGCCGGCCUUGCAGACGAGGGCGGGAGCAAGCUUAAGAUGCUUAUCACCUACGUCAAUAAUCUGCCGACGGGGCAUGAGAAAGGAUUGUUUUAUGCAUUGGACCUUGGAGGAACUAACUUUCGUGUAAUACGUGUACAAUUGGGAGGAAAAGAACAAGGGGUCGUGAAGCAGGAGGCUGAAGAGGUCUCUAUUCCCCCGCAUUUGAUGGUUGGGAGCUCCCAUGAACUAUUCGAUUUCAUUGCUAAGAGGCUUGCAAAGUUCAUUGCUUCUGAAAGUGAGGAAUUCAAGCUUCCUGAAGGCAGGCAGAGAGAGCUUGGGUUUACUUUCUCUUUCCCAGUGAGGCAGAUUUCACUUGCUUCUGGCACUCUUAUCAAAUGGACAAAAGGUUUCUCCAUUGAGGAAACGGUUGGGGAAGAUGUUGUGGCAGAGUUGAAUAAAGCCAUUGAGAGGCAAGGUCUUGAUUUGCACGUCACUGCACUUGUAAAUGAUACUGUUGGGACUCUAGCCGGUGGAAGAUAUUAUGAUAAUGAUGUACACGCAUCUGUUAUAUUGGGUACUGGCACAAAUGCAGCAUAUGUAGAGCGUGCAGAUGCUAUUCCAAAGUGGCAUGGCCUAUUACCAAAGUCUGGGGAGAUGGUCAUCAACAUGGAGUGGGGAAAUUUUGUAUCAUCUCACCUUCCCCUGACAGAAUAUGAUCUGUCAUUAGAUGCUGAAAGUUUGAACCCUGGUGAACAGAUAUUUGAGAAGCUGAUUUCGGGAAUGUAUUUGGGAGAGAUUCUAAGAAGAGUCCUCUUGAAGCUGGCUAAGGAGGCUUCUUUAUUUGGUGAUAUUGUCCCUCCAAAACUUAGCAUUCCAUUUAUACUGCGGACCCCACAUAUGUCUUCCAUGCAUCAUGAUACAUCAUCAGAUCUCAGAGCAGUGGCGAGCAAGUUAAAGGAUGUAUUGGAGAUUACAAAUACCACCUUAAAGACCCGAAAAAUGGUGGUCGAGAUCUGUGACAUCAUUAUAAAGCGCGGUGCUCGAUUAUCAGCAGCUGGUAUGGUUGGUAUUCUUAAGAAGCAGGGAAGGGAUUCUGGAGAGAAGCAGAGAUUUGUGAUUGCUGUGGAUGGUGGUCUGUUUGAACACUAUACCUUAUUCAGAGAGUGUUUAGAAGGCUCACUUGCAGAGAUUCUUGGCACAGAAGUUGCUUCCUUUGUGAUUAUCACACAUGCUAAUGAUGGCUCAGGCAUUGGGGCUGCUCUAAUUGCUGCUUCAAACUCCCAGUAUUCUUUGGUAGAGACUUCUUAGUAUUCUUUGAAGAAAAUUCCAAUCAGAAUGUCCUUAUCAAAUUCGUGAUUAUGAUGAAUUUUAAAUACAUUCGAGUUACUUUAAGAUAAGUGCAAUACAUGUUUUCAUUGAUCAUUCAUAUGUUGCCCUCAUCUCAAAGAAAAUCCAACGGUAAAUUUAUCAUGACUCAACUUCGAUCAUGAUGUUCUCGCUAAAACCAUUGGAUUUGCUUUGAGAUGCGCAUGAAAUAUAUUUUGAUUUCUUAUUCAUUUAUUGCACUAAUUUUAACGUAAAUUUCGUAGUUUCGAGAGUCGUCAUGAUUAUAAAUUCGAUAAAGGCAUUUUGAUCAUUUUUUUUGUACAUAUUUUUCAUUUUUUUAAAUUUUUCUCAUUCACAUUUUGUUCCACAUAUUCUCAUUUUUGUUGAGUGUAACAUAACACAUAGGAAGCAUUUACUAUAUUGUAAUGAAGCAGCUCAGGAGAAAAUAGGAGCUGUGAGGCAGUCUGUGAAAUAAUACCAUUGUACUCUUUCAUUUAUUCAAAAGGCCUAUCCAAAUAAUUGGAAAAGAGCUAAUGAUGAUGAAUAAUGUUAGAUCA